GCCCCGCGGCCCUGCGUGGUUCGGGGCGGGUGGAGACGGGACGCUUCUACCUUUCUCAGUCACUCCAGCCUCUGCCGGCUGCAGCUCAGCUUCCCAGUCUAAGAGCUCAAAGAGCUGCUCCGGGCGGGGAGGAAGGAGCCCUGGUGCAGGAGCGCGCGCCGAGCCGCCCGCCGCCGUCGAAGAGGGAGCGAGGCGAGGCCGUCGGGGUUCCUAGGAAGCCGGCGCUGUCAGCCCUCCAGCCGCCCGGGUCCCCAGUCGCAUCCACAGCACGCCUCGGGCCGGCUUCUCCGAGCAGACUUGGCGGGAUUCGCCAGCGGCAGGUGCGGGCAGCGAGCGCAGCUGUCUCUGCCCAGGGCUGCGCCGGGAGCCGCGGGAGCCCUGGCCUCGUGGUCCCCAUGCUCGUGUCGUGGCUAGCGGGCCUGGGGGCCGGGCUGCUCGGCCUGCACGUGGUGCAGAAGCUCCUCUUCCCUUACUUCUGGGACGACUUCUGGUUCCUGCUGAAGGUGGUGCGCUAUGGCGUUCGGAUGGAGGUGUACAAGCGGAGAGGGGAGCUGGUCACUGUGCUGGACAAGUUCCUGAGCCAGGCCGCCAGGCAGCCCCACAAACCCUUCAUCAUCUACGAGGGAGACGUGCACACCUACUGCGACGUGGACCGGAGGAGUAACCGGGUGGCCCGCGUCUUCCUGAGCCAGGCCUCGCUCAAGCCCGGCGACACGGUGGCGCUGCUGAUGACCAACGAGCCCGACUUCGUGCACGUGUGGUUCGGCCUGGCCAAGCUGGGCUGCGUGGUGGCCUUCCUCAACUCCAACAUCCGCGCGCACUGCCUGCUGCACUGCCUCCGCACCUGCGAGCCCACCGCCCUCGUGGUGGGCGCAGAUUUGCUUGGAACUCUAGAAGAAAUUCUUCCAAGUCUCCCCAAAGACAUCAGCAUUUGGGGGAUGAAAGACUCCGUUCCACAAGGCGUGAUUUCACUCCAAGAAAAGCUCAGCACGUCGUCGGAUGAGCCCGUGCCACGCAGCUACCACGUUGCCACAAGUCUCAAGUCCACUUGUCUUUAUAUCUUUACUUCUGGAACCACAGGUCUGCCAAAAGCAGCUGUGAUCAGUCAGCUGCAGACUCUCAAGGGCUCCGCUGGACUGUGGGCUUUCGGUUGCACUGCAGAUGACAUUGUUUACAUAACCCUUCCUCUGUACCACAGCUCGGGCUCUCUCCUGGGAAUUGGUGGAUGUGUUGAGCUGGGUGCCACUUGUGUGUUGAAGAAGAAAUUCUCAGCAAGCCAGUUUUGGAAUGACUGCAAGAAGUACAAUGUGACGGUGUUUCAGUACAUCGGAGAACUUUGCCGCUACCUUUGCAGACAGCCUAAGAGAGAAGGAGAAAAGGAGCAUCGGGUUCGCUUGGCAGUUGGGAAUGGCAUACGGAGUGAUGUGUGGAGAGAAUUUUCAGACCGAUUUGGACAUAUUAAGAUGUGUGAGUUUUACGGGGCCACUGAAGGAAACAUUUGUUUCAUGAACCACACUGGGAAGAUUGGAUCUGUCGGGAGAACAAAUUUCUUUUACAAACUUUUCUUCCCGUUUGACUUGGUAAAGUAUGAUUUUCAGAAAGAUGAGCCCAUGAGAAAUGAGCAGGAGCGGUGUAGUCCUGUGAAAAAAGGAGAACCUGGACUUCUCAUUUCACGAGUGAACACCAAGAAUCCCUUCUUUGGUUACGCUGGGUCUUACAGGCACACAAAAAGCAAGUUGCUUUUUGAUGUUUUUAAGAAAGGAGAUGUUUACUUUAACACGGGGGACUUAAUGGUCCAGGACGAGGAGAAUUUCCUGUAUUUUUGGGACCGCACUGGAGACACUUUCAGAUGGAAAGGAGAAAACGUUGCAACCACAGAGGUCGCUGAUGUCAUUGGAAUGCUGGAUUUCAUCCAGGAAACGAACGUCUAUGGUGUGGCUGUGUCAGGCUAUGAAGGAAAAGCAGGAAUGGCUUCUAUUAUUUUAAAACCACAAAAGUCUCUAGACUUGGAAAAAGUUUAUGAGCAAGUUGUCACAUCUCUACCAGCUUAUGCGUGCCCACGCUUUUUAAGAAUUCAGGAAAAAAUGGAAACAACAGGGACAUUCAAACUACAGAAGUUUCAGCUGGUGGAAGAAGGAUUUAAUCCACUGAAAAUUUCUGAUCCACUUUACUUUAUGGAUAACUUGAAAAAAUCUUAUGUUCCAUUGACCAAAGAACUUUAUGAUCAAGUAAUGUUAGGAGAAAUAAAACUUUAAGAAUUUGUGUAUUUGAGAUCAUGUGCUUUCGUUGGCAGAGUGAGAGGAUAGCACAGAUGCUCCCCAAAUUUUGAUGGGGUUGCAUUCUUGUAAACCAAAUGUAGUAAGUUGAAACUCCAUUGAAUACACCUAACCUUCCACACAUGACUGCAGAGCAACGCAGCUCACUUCUGCCGAAUCAGUUCUCCUCGUGGUUGCUGGGCUGACUGGGUGCUGCGAUGCCCUGCUGUCUUCCAGCAUCCAAAGAGAGUAUCACAAGGCAUUACCAAGGCCCAGGAAAAGACCCACACUGAAAAUUCAAUGAAAUUUCUACUGAGUUUCUAUUGAAAGUAAAGUUGAAAUCAUUAAGUCCAACUGUCGUAAGUAUGUAUGUGAUUACGGUAUGUAUGUGAUUCUUUACUAUUAAACUGGGAAAGGGACUAAACAUUAAUUAUGUGUUAUGUUUCCUUAAUAUA